AUGGGAGGAAUCGAAAGCCCGGCUUCGUCGCGCAUCCAUACGAAGUGUGUCGCGCAGCACGAGAGGCCGCAGCCAUGGAAGGAGCAUUCGACGAGCGCAGCGGCGCCGGUCCUAGCAAUCACGGGCCUCGGCAUCCGCGCACACCACAUUCCCGCCGCGACUCACUCUCUCACUCGGACGUUGUCACCGCUACACGGCUCCACUGCGCCCGCUGCUCCUGCCACACGCAGUGUGCUUGCGACUU